UGUUAGAAAGCCGCGCGAAACCAAACCUCUCAUUUAAACACAACCCCCCUCCCCCCCUCCUCCCUUAUCUCUCUCCAUUAACAACAUGGCUGUUUCAUCAUCAUCAUCUUCUUCUUCUUCUUCUUCUUCUUCUUCGCCUUCCAGAAAUCUGAAAAUAGGUAUAGUGGGCUUUGGCCCCUUUGCACAGUUCCUGGCAAAGAUCAUGAUCAAACAAGGGCAUACUUUACGGGCAACUUCUCGUUCCGAUCAUUCUUCCCUCUGCCAAGAUUUGGGCAUCUCAUUCUUCAGGGACACGGGCACAUUUCUUGAAGCAAAUAAUGAUGUCAUUUUGAUUUGUACAUCAAUCCUAUCCCUAUCGAAGGUUCUCAAUACAAUGCCACUACAUUGCCUGAAACGGUCACCUCUCUUUGUGGAUGUUCUCUCAGUCAAAGAGUACCCGAGAGAUAUUCUAUUGAAAGUACUGCCAGAGGAAUUGGAUGUGUUGUGCACUCAUCCGAUGUUUGGGCCGGAGAGUGGGAAAAAUGGAUGGAAAGAUCUUGCUUUUAUGUAUGAAAGAGUUCGAAUAAAGGACGAAGCUACGUGCUCAAGUUUUCUACGAAUUUUCGAAACUGAGGGUUGUAGAAUGCUGGAAAUGUCUUGUGAAGAACAUGAUAUGGUAGCUGCACGGAGUCAAUUUCUUACUCACACAAUUGGGAGGAUUUUAUCGGAAAUGGAGGUCAAGCCCACAUCUAUGAGCACAAAAGGUUUUGAGACACUGAUUCAUCUGAAAGAGAGCACCAUGAAAGACAGCUCUGACCUGUUUAGUGGCUUAUUCGUCUAUAAUAGAUUUGCCAAACAAGAGCUGAAGAACCUAGAACUUUCGUUAGAAAAGGUUAAGCAAAUGCUACAAGACAAGAUGACCGAAGAGCAGAAUCUGAAUGAGUCUAAGUUUUGAUGUAGAAGUCUAUUCCUUCACGUUGUUUUAAUUCUCUCUUAGAAGACAUGGGAUUUCUUUUCCAAGAAUGUACCCUGUAGUUUUCUUGUUCUAGGGCUUUAAGCUCUCCUUCCAAUCAAAAUAAAUAAAUAUAAAUAUCCAAUAUGUUAAAAUAAGAA